AUGAAUGUUGUCCGUAAAUUUUGUACGGUACCCCAUAGUUAUGUCAGUCGGAAUUUAUACAGAAAAUUUCGAUUCUCAGCAGUAAAUUAUGAUUCAACAGCAGCAUCGCAGCCUCAAGUACAAGAAGAAAAAUACGAUUUUGAAGAUUUAAAUGUUAUCGAACGUACAGAACGUCGUAAGGCUAAAAUCGAGCCAUUUAUGAAAAACAUUUUUGUUUCUGUAUUUGACCGGGAGUUACUCGCAUAUCCAGAGAUUAUAAACAAAGAAGAGAAUGAAAACCUUGAACAGAGACUAACUGCUAUAGACAGUGUGUUUUCUGACUCUAAGAAAACAGCAGAUGACAAGAGAAACAUAUUAAAAAGUACAAAAAUGUAUGCAGCGCCUGUUAGCUGGACUAGAAAUGGUCUUUCAGCUAAUAAUACCGAAAGCUUAAUGUAUUUAGAUGCUAUUGCUCAGGAUUUCCAACUUGCACAGGAGCUGAGUGACCAUUGGGUUGGAUUACAAGCUUUACAACAUGGGUUAACUCAUGAUCAAUACUCAAUGAUAAUUGAUGACCUUAUCUCUGGGGACAAUACUAUAGCAUUGGCUAUCAAAGAAAGAGUAGCGGAGAGAAUCACACAAUCUGAUUUUCGGACGGAGGCUGAGAUGGAUGGGCAAGGCAUCUGGCAUAUAUCCGGUGAAAAAAUCUGCAACCACAACAAUGGUUACAUAUUGGUACUAUGUGCCAUAGAAGCUUCUAGACUGAUGGCAUUCCUGGUACACCCGCGAGCUCAAGGGGUAACCACAAAAGGGCCUUUUGUUAAUUUCAUGAAGACACCGGCUACCCCACUGGACCAGAUACCAGAAUCGGCACUUGCACAAAUACUUGGCGUGUCUCGACUCCACGCUGCAACACUCUGUCGGUCCCGAUUGAAGGCAGCUGUACACGCAGUGGUCGAGUAUACCAGACCAAGGGUCUUUGUUGGUAAACCUCUAGCAGAGCUUUCCACCAUCCGUUCCACAAUAGGAGAGGCACUAUUAGACAUUUAUGCCAGUGAGAGCGCUGAGUUUUUCACAGCAGGCCUUUUAGAUGGAUAUGCGGAGCCUGAUGCUGAGCUGGAGAUGGCUAUGUGCAGAAACUUCAUGGCUAACCAUGGGCUAAGAUCAAUGAUGAAACUGCUAGCGAUCCCAGAGCUGGACAAAGAAGAGGAAUGCAAGAAACUGUUGAAUGAUAUGAGACACCUGGCUUUACGCGGGGAAAGCUUAGAUAGUGUUAAUAUGUUUAUAUCUUUAAACGGCAUCCAUCACGCCGGGAAAAUGAUGUCACAAGAAGUUAAGCAAAUGAGAAAUCCGCUGAUGAAUCCCACAUUUAUAAUCAAAAAAGUUAUAGCAAAUAGACAUCAGGAAAAAGACGACCCCAAACUCACACUCUACUUGGCCGAACAUCUCCAUCCCUCCUUGAAACCUCCAUCAGAACAACUGGAGUACUGUGUAUUGAGAAUGCGUUUCGCGUGUGAAACUCUUAUGGCGAGACAUGGCGUUAAAGUGAAUACAGCAUACACGGAAUUGAACCGGUUGGCCGAAGCAGCAACAGAAAUACUGGCAAUGACAUCUGUGUUGGCGAGAGCUUCCAGGUCCUAUUGUAUAGGUCUUCGCAACGCAGAAAUGGAAAUGAAACUAGCUGCAUGUUUUGUGGAGAAGACGCGGGAUCACGUGAAGAAGUUGAUCCGUGAAAUCGAUGAUGGAGAAUAUCUGAAUCUUGACCACUUCACUGUUCAGUUUGGAAGGAAGGUGCUGGAUACCAAUACUUUGCUCGUGGAGAAACCUAUAGCCAGGACAUUCUGGUGA